AUGAGCAGCCACCCUAGCUCGUCGUCGUCGGCGGCGGCGCCGCUGGACGACGAAGACCUCCUCUCCGAGAUCCUCCUCCGCCUCCCCCCGCUGCCGUCCUCCCUCCCCCGCGCUUCCCUCGCCUGUAAGCUCUGGGGGCGCAUCGUAUCCGACGCCCGAUUUCUCCGCCGCUUCCGCGAGCACCACCGCCGCAACCCUCCCCUGCUCGGUUGCUUCGUCCAAGGUACCUCCUACGCUGGGUUGCUCGGUUGCUUCUCCUUUCCCAUCGACAGCGGCGACACCUUCAUGAUCCUCGGAUGCCGCCAUGGCCUCAUGCUCAUCUUCCUUUGGACUGGGAACCUGCUCCUGGUAUGGGAUCCCGUCACGGGUGACCAGCACCGCCUAGACAUCCCCCCAGGGUUCGACAAGGAGGAAACCAUGAUUAACGGAGCGGUGCUUCGUGCUGCCGGAGAGGCCCACCAUUUCCAGGUUGUCUUGGUAGGCAACUUACACAGGCUGUGGCCUCAGGUGUACUCGUCGGAGACCGGUGUAUGGAGUAAUCUCGUGUCAACACUGCUUCCGGCGGAUGAUCCUGAUGUACCCACCAGGGUUUACCAUGACAUGUGCUUGUGA